ACAAUUAACCAAGAAGGCUAAAACGAAUCUUUCUCCCUGACAUUCCUGGGUGGGUGGAGGUAUUUAAACAUGCGAUCCCCAUCUGCACGAUGAAAUGGUACAAUCCCGGGGUGGGGAAGUGAUCACAUGGAUCCUGUUGCUGCUUGGACCAAUUGGCCUGAGAUCUCUUUCUGGGAGGAGAAGAGGUUACAACCUUUGAAAGCAUUGUUGAUCAGAAAAGGGAGUUGUCUAGAAGUGUCUCUAGUGACUGACGAAUCUAGCGUUGGUCACCCCUGCCUCUUUCCCUGCUUUUGACAUCAUGACCCGGCACAAGCAGAAAAAAUCUGGGAAGAGACCCAAACAUGGCAAGAAAAAGGAUGCAAAGAAACACGGGAAAAAGGACCCAGGGGUGCCUCAGCUGUCGCAUUUCAAAGAGCUGGCCAAAAAGGAAGCAGCACUAAAGCAGAAACGGGUUACAGAACUGCAGGAACGGCAACGCCUAGCUCGGCAGAAGGAAACCGGCCGGUUCCGGAGCCUGGAAGGGCUGCAGAAGGAUGCCUUGCGCAGGCAGCAGCAUUUUGAGCAGAAGGAGAUGGAUCUGAAGCAACUGGCGAAGCAUGCCCUGCUGGAGAAAGACAGCUCCUGCAAGGCCUAUUACAGGGAGUUCAGGAAGGUGAUAGAAGCGGCUGACGUGAUCCUGGAAGUCCUUGAUGCUCGGGAUCCCCAAGGUUGCCGCUGCCCCCAGGUUGAGCAGGCGGUGAUGCAGGCUGGCGCAAACAAGAGACUGGUCCUGGUGCUGAAUAAAAUAGACCUGGUAUCGAAAGAGAUUGUAGCAAAGUGGCUGAAGUACCUGAGGAACGAAUUCCCUACCGUGGCCUUUAAAGCCUCCACUCAGCAGCAGAGCAAAAACCUGCAACAAAGCCGUGUCCCAGUAACCCAGGCAUCGGGUGAUCUGCUCAGCAGCGGAGCCUGUGUCGGGGCGGACUGCCUUAUGAAGGUGCUGGCUAACUACUGCCGGAAUCAGGACAUCCGGACAUCCAUCAGUGUUGGGGUUGUGGGCUUCCCAAAUGUUGGCAAGAGCAGCUUGAUCAAUAGCUUGAAGAGGAGCCGGGCCUGCAACAUUGGAGCCACUCCUGGCGUCACCAAGUGCCUACAAGAGGUGCAUCUGGACAAGCACAUAAAACUCCUGGACUGCCCAGGCAUAGUCGUGGCUUCUCCAACUUCUGAUGCAGCCAUGAUCCUACGAAACUGUGUCAAGAUAGAGCAGCUGGUUGACCCUGUGAGCCCAGUGGAAGCCAUCUUGAAACGCUGCAACAAGCAGCAGAUCAUGCAGCAUUAUGGUGUGCCAGAUUUCCGUGACACUACAGAGUUUCUGGCUCAUUUGGCCAGGCGGCAGGGCAAGCUGAAGAAAGGAGGGACACCAGACCAUGAGAAAGCAGCCAAAGCAGUGCUAAGCGACUGGACAAGUGGGAAGAUCAGCUAUUUCACCCACCCGCCCGAGACCCACACGCUCCCCACUCACAUCAGUGCCGAGAUUGUGGCAGAGAUGGGCAAGGCCUUUGAUUUUGAGGCUCUGGAGCAAGAGAACGAGAAGGCUUUGGCACACUUGUUCUCUGGCCCUGAUGGCAUCACCUUGGAGGGCUCUGGCCUCACUAGUGGGACAGAAGUUGAGAUGAACGAGGAGGAGAGACUCUACUGCCAAGAGCAAGAAGAGAGUAAGAUGGAGGAAGAUGGGAAUCUGGAGUUUGGCCCAAUGACUGUCGAGCUGAAAUCCAAGAGCAAGACCCUUGCGGAAGCGGAGAAGGCUGUGCCGAGGGCUCCGGACUUGGGCGAAAUCUCUGCCUUAGACCCUCUGCACCAGGGUCAGGGCUUGCGUGCGGCAAGCAAGCGACGCAAGAAGCGGCAGAAGCGGGCAGAGAAAAUUGCCACCAAGCUCUCUGCGACGUUGACAGCAGCCAUGAAUUUCAGCUUGUCAGAUGACUAAGGAAAGUGCUGAAUGGUGUGGAAAAGAAGAAGAUGGGUGCCCUGGACUUGAUUUUAUCUACCUCAGGAGGAUUCCCUACCCACCCACCCUUGCAGGGGACUCUUUGCGUCCCAUCUUCCUCAUGCUUUGCUGGGGGAAGUGACAGCCUGAUGCCUAUGCAAAACCCAGAGUGGUUUCUUUAAGAAACUUUUUAUUUAGUUGGUUAAAAAUGGGAGGCGGUGUAAAUAAAAGCAUUGUUGAGCUACUCUUGUCUCAGGUUUGGCUCAGCAGAUUAACUCCAGAUAUACAAAGCAUUGUUCCAGUUCAUGCUGAAGGUUGCUCUUGGACUGCUGUAGCUCCUUGAACGAACGUGCAGCUGGGAAGGUCCUUCUCUCCUAAGGGAGCAGAUGGUGCAUGUAACAACCCAAGGAUCCCCCUCCUGAAAUGCUGGCAGUCAAAGCUCCACUCUAGGAGGGAGGGGAGAAAAAAUAACUAAUUUCUCCUGCAUUAGAGUACAAGUGGUAGAGAAAGACCUGGUGCCAAAAACUCUCUCCUCUUCCUUGCCAGCUACAAAGGAAAAAUCAAGAUUAGCUGGGUCUUAAAAAAAAAGAAAAAAAGAAAA